CAGAGUGACUCCUCUAUCCCGAGCGUGUAGCACGGAGGCAUCCUUUCUCGAGACAAUCAUCGGUAUUUUAGUGGGGUGUUUGUUGUGCACAACAGCUGGUCGCCAUGCCCACUGACGCUCAAAGCGACGCCCGCUCCUUCCUCACUGAGGAGAUGAUUGCAGAGUUCAAGGCCGCCUUCGACAUGUUCGACACCGACGGCGGCGGUGACAUCAGCACCAAGGAGCUGGGCACCGUGAUGAGGAUGUUGGGACAAAACCCGUCGAGGGAGGAGCUGGACGCCAUCAUUGAGGAAGUGGAUGAGGACGGCAGCGGUACCAUCGACUUCGAGGAGUUCUUGGUCAUGAUGGUGCAACAGUUGAAGGAGGACCAGGCCGGGAAGAGUGAGGAGGAGCUUUCCGAAUGCUUCCGUAUUUUCGACAAGAACGCAGACGGGUUCAUCGACCGAGAGGAGUUUGGAGACAUUCUGCACAUGACCGGAGAAGCCAUCACAGAGGAAGACAUCGAUGAGAUGUUUGGCGAGUCGGACAAUAACAAGGACGGAAAGAUUGAUUUUGAUGAGUUUUUGAAGAUGAUGGAGAACGUUCAGUAAAGACCACAUUCCCUGGUGAUCCUCCUUAAGCCCCUAAAAGUUUGCUCACUUUGUUUUCGGGGUUCAAUGCCUUCCACCACGCUUCUCUCACAGGAAGCCCUCGAGCCUGGCGAGAAUGUCUAAAAAUAUCCGUCCAACCCUUUUAAGACGAGGACACUUUCCCCCGGCCGGUCGUCAGCUGUCCCUUCGUUGGCAGCUGCCGCUCCUCUUGACCCUCCCGACAUGCUACACCAUGGAUUCCCUUCAAACCCCCAAACUCCUCCUCCUCCUCCACAACGACCCAAUCCUGUGCUGUCCUCUGAAAUAAA